AUGAAAAUUAUCUUCCUGAUGCUGAUAGUUUUUGGGAUUUUUUUGGGGAUAACCCUAGCGGCUACAGAGACGACUUUGCGAGCCCGGAUCAAUCCAACUGGUCUUGAAUUCUUCAGCGGAUCUGGGCAUCAUCUGAUUGAUGAAGAGAUUCCAAAAAUUGAGAUCCCAACUAUUGAAAUUCCGAUUACUGGUGGUCCGGGUAAAGGAUGGGUGAAAGUUGAACGAUUAAAAAUCAACAAAUUCCGAACUCCAAGCUUUGAUUUUCAACUAUCAUCAAAUGGAAUCUCUUGGCAAUCACGCAAAGGCUCGGCUAAACUCGCCGGGGAUUGGUCCGCUGAGUACACUUUGAUUUUACCAGUAGAAGCAAGUGGAUGGGUGGAGAUCGUUGUAGCCGAUAUCCAUAUGAAUGUCACCGCUAUAGCCACAGCUCUUGAUGGACGACCUCAGGUAGAAGUGCAAAGCUGCGAGGCCGACAUCACCCACGUUGAUGUCUCCCUUGGCGGAAGCUUUCUCCCAUGGUUUGUCAAUCUAUUCCGCGGACCGCUCUCCAUUGUUCUCAAAAAGGAAAUCCAUGCACAAGCUUGUCGAACAGCUCGAACACUUCUUCUGGACGAAGCAAACGCUUUCCUCCAUUCUCUUCCACUUCAUUUUGCUAUUGGAAACGAUUUCUUUGUAAACUACUAUCUUCUUGAAAGCCCACUCUUUACCAAUUCUUAUAUUCAAGCUGAUUUGAAAGCCGAUGUUGUGUACAGUGAGAAAAAGUGUGCACUCCCAGCCACUCAAUUGGGUGAUGAUGCUGGCACUCAUCUGGGAAUGAUUACUUUUUGGUUGUCUUCACAAGUGCCAAAUUGUCUCUUGAACAGUGCUCAUGAUGGUGGUUUAAUCCAAAUUCUCAUCAACAAGGACACUUCUUCAGUUGGGAAUUACUUGAAAACAAGCUGCUCGUUCCUCUCAAUUUGCAUGGGAAAGUUCUUUAAAAAAUUGCGCAACGAUUACCCCAAUCAGUACAUCGAUCUUCAUUUCCAUUCACUUACUCCACCAGAAUUGACAUUUAAAAAAGAUUUGGCGACUCUCAAUGUGACACUAGCGGUUGAUUUCUACAUCAACCCGAAAGGAAUCAAGACGAAACCGUUGGCUCGACUGGAAUUGAUCACAACAUCAUCAAUCGUACCAUACAUUGAAGGCAAUCGACUAGUCGGCACUUUGAAUGGAACAACCGCUGAAGCCAAAGAAAUAUUCUCAACUAUUGGCGAUGUUUCAUCAACCUUCUUGAGCGUGUUUCAAAAGUUGUUUAUUGUCUCGGAUGAGAUUUUGGUGAAUAUCUUGUUGAAGAAGGGUGUUCCAUUGCCAAUAUACGAUAAUGUGACAAUCGCUAAUUCUACAGUGCUCAACGUUUUUGAUGGCUUUGUUCGAGUAAAUGUCGACUUUACGACUGUUUCC